AUGAAAAGGCCUCUGUCAACUACCAGCUGUCUAGCCAGCUUUCCUCUUUGGUUAUCUUGCUUAUUCCUUUUCCUUCUCAACCAGGUCAUUGCUCUCCAGCAUGGAUCGCACCACCACCAUAACCACUUACACCACCGUGCUAUUGUGAAUAGCACGACGGCGGACACUGCACGUUUGCCAUUAAACACGGCGCCGCCCCCUCAUACCGAUGCAGAGAAACUUGUUCGGAAAGCACUGGAUGCCCUUUCGGCCGUGAACAAGGCAAGAUUGGAGAAUCCUCGCUUGAACAAAUAUGAGUUUCGACGAGCCAACCGCCAGCCCCCGAAGCCCCCUUCGAUACUUGAGUUUGCUGAUGUGGUGCCGAAAAGUCCCUCACCUGCAAUGCCAACCUCGAUUCUUGCUGCCACAGCAGGGAGUACCGCAGCCAGAGUCCAUGAAUAUUCAAUUCCCCCCGAGCUCGUCGAAGCUGCUCGGGUUCUUGCCGAGGCUAGCCCUCCAGAGAGGCUGGUAGGGAAUCAUAGUCUUGUUGCUGCGCAGGUUCAAGCCAAAUAUAGGCUGAAAACAAACGAUACGAACACCCCUCCCCAAUCUUACGUUCGUCCGAACGGGUUGGAAGGGUACAUCGUUUCUGGCGACAACUUACAACAAGUUAUUACCACCGAAAGCAACUCGACCGCUAUCCUAGAGAAACGGGCAACCCCACAGUUUUGGAUGGCAAGCAUGCAGCAGCGAGGGUCCAGCCCGUUCGCACCCGCUGGAUACAAGGUUUGGAGAAAUGUCAAGGAAUAUGGAGCCAAAGGUGAUGGCGUGACGGACGACACCACUGCUAUUAAUAGUGCAAUCUCAGAUGGAAAUCGAUGUGGUGAUAAUUGCGGCUCCAGUACGAUAUAUCCAGCCAUUGUUUAUUUCCCUGCUGGGACGUACUUGGUUAGCUCUUCGAUUAUCCAAUACUACAAUACACAAUUCCUUGGUGAUCCAUAUGAUUAUCCUACAAUCUUGGCAGCUUCAAGCUUUGUUGGGCUGGGAGUGUUUUCCUCUAAUGUUUACCACGAGGGAGGGAGCGGAAGCGAAUGGUACCUUAACACAAAUAAUUUCCUUCGGAGCAUCAAGAACUUUAAAAUGGACAUUAGGCGAACCAAUCCAGACGCAUACGGAAUUUUUAUGGAGAAUGGAAGCGGCGGAUUUCUCUCGAAUCUCACCUUCGUCGGUGGAAACUUCGGGGCUUAUUUUGGGAAUCAACAAUUCACUACUUCCCAUCUGAUUUUCGUUAACUGCAAGACUGCUUUGCAGGUUCACUGGGAUUGGGCAUGGACUAUGCAGGACAUCAUCAUCGAAUCCUGUGGAAGUGGUCUAGUUGUUACUGGUGGGGCUGGUGGCACAGGAAGCACUGGGCAGUCUGUGGGUUCCCUACUUUUAGUAGACUCUAUCAUCGCAAAUACUCCCGUGGGGAUCAGCACUUCACUACAUGGGAGGAAUUCAACAUCGUUGCUUGUUCAGAACACUGGCUUUUUCAAUGUUCCAAAAGCAAUUACCGAAGCUGAAAGUGGAGACAUUUUGUUGCCUGGUGGCAACGAGGUUAUGGUUGAUUCUUGGGGGGCAUUUGGAGCAAAAGGCGAUGGAGAGACAGAUGAUACUGCUGUGCUCAAUGGCAUUUUAUCCCGGGCAGCGAAUAUGUCUUCCGUCGUUUUUUUCCCAUUUGGUGUUUAUGUUAUUAAAAACACAUUGCAAGUGCCAGUGGGAUCGAGAAUUGUUGGCCAGGCAUGGUCACAAAUUAUGGCUACUGGCCCCAAAUUCGCCGAUGAUCUGAAUCCAAAGGUCGCCGUCCAGGUUGGCAAGGCUGGGGAUACUGGCAUUAUUGAGAUCCAAGACAUGAUGUUUACAGUAUCUGGCCCAACCGCCGGGGCUAUAUUGAUGGAGUGGAAUGUUCGGGAAAGCAGUCCGGGCUCUGCGGGAAUGUGGGACGCACAUUUUCGGGUUGGUGGUGCGAUCGGCUCUAAGCUUCAACGGACGGAAUGCCCAAAGCUCACUGGGACGGUCAAUAAUGCGUGCAAAGCUGCUUCUAUGCUUUUACAUCUGACCCCGCGGUCCUCGGCCUAUCUUGAAAACUUGUGGGCUUGGGUUGCCGACCACGACCUUGACGUGGUUACCCAGGAUCAAAUAGAUAUUUAUGCGGCGCGUGGAAUUCUCAUUGAAAGUCAAGGGCCAACCUGGUUGUAUGGCACAUCCUCCGAACACAAUGUGCUAUAUCAAUAUCAAGUUUCAGGCGCGAAAGAUCUGCUUUUGAGCAUGAUCCAAACUGAAUCGCCAUAUUUCCAACCAGUGCCAACAGCACCAAAGCCGUUUAGAACUGGUCUUUUUCCAAAUGAUCCCAGCUUCAAGAAUUGUCCCGCUAACUCAACAACAUGCGCCUCUUCGUGGGCACUCCGUGUGCUUGACAGUACCUCGACAUACAUCCUGGGCGCUGGACUCUAUAGCUGGUUCUCGAACUACAACCAAGACUGCGUGAAAACAGACAACUGUCAAGAUCGCGGUGUUGAGAUUGAAGAAAGCACUGACAUCUGGUUCUUCAACCUUGUGACAAAAGCUAUUGUUGAGAUGGUCACCCCAAAAGGGACUCGACCUACUUACGCCGCCGAAAAUAAGAAUGGAUAUACGUCCUCCCUAUUGGCGUGGGUGAGGGACAAGGAAACGACAAUAGGCGAGAGGAUGUUCCCGGGGUUUCACCUAUACGAGAAUACCACGCUCUCGGAUAUCACUCAAAGCUGUAGGACAGCAGUCACACAGCGCAUCGACUGUCAUCCCCUAUACGAAACAUGGAUAUUACCAAGCUACCAUGGGACUCUCCCUAGCCAGGAAAUCACCGAUUCCCUAUGUGAUGAAGGUUGUAAAAGUAGCUUGAAGGACUGGUUCGACGCGGUGUCAAUAGCAUGUGCUGGCCAAAAUAUCACUGGGGCACUCCCAACAAUUUUGGGAGGAUAUCUCUAUCAGGGAUACAACGAAACCUGUCUCAAAGAUCCCGCCACUGGCAGCUACUGCAAUGAUGUUAUUGAUGGAUUUACGGUUGUGCCUAACGUCAAUGAAAUGCCCCAAAGCGAGUUAUGUUCGUACUGCUACACCAAGAGACUUGAGAUCAUGCAAUCCAGCUCAUAUUCGGUAUAUAAUGAGGAUUACAAGCAUGCAAUUGAAGUUAUCAAUAGCAAAUGUGGCCUGUCUCUCGCCACCGAAUUACCCCCUUCGCCCGUGAUAAAGCCGCCGCCCCCACCACCAAUAUGCGUCUCUGACAUGAAAUACACCAUCCAGGACGGAGAUACGUGUGAUUCUAUUGCGCUGGCACAAAGCGUUUCGUCCGCCGCACUAUUCUCUGGGAAUUCUGAAAUUAUCCAUAAUUGCUCCAGGUUACCAGUUGGGUCGGAAUUAUGUCUUCCACUCACCUGCGAGAAGGUUUACACCCUUCAGAGUACCGAUAAUUGUACCUCCAUCGAAAUAGCCACAGGAACAAAAGUAGGGGGUCUCCGUGCUUACAACAACUGGAUAAACAUGGCGUGCACGAAUCUACAUUUCGCAAGCCAGGUACAUGGCCAUAUUCUAUGCCUAGCUCCUCAAGCCGGAACCUAUACCCCUACAGGUGUGGGACCCGGCACCACACCCAAUCCCAUACCUGCACCGGGAUAUACGAGGAGGACUGUAGCUCCUCCCGUCAACGCCACAGUUGCUGCCGGCACCACGAUGGAAUGCGGUAAAUGGUAUACCAUCGUCGAGGGGGACACCUGUGCGGCGGUAUGCACUGCUCAGCUUAUUCCCGCGCAUCUGUUCUGGGAGGUCAAUCCUUCUCUGUCAACCACCGCGUGUGAUCCCAGCCUUAUGGUUGGCACAACAUACUGCGUGGGCCCAGUAUACAACUGGGACCAUACCACUACGCCAGUACCAACACCCACUCCCCUUACGACAGUAGCUCCGGGCGAAUAG